AGAAUAGCGACACACACACUAGAGAUUCCACACUGCAAGCAUGGCUGGCGACAGUGAAACACAUCUUAAGGACAGAGCGGAAAACGGCCAUGCCGUCCGACAGCCUUUCCUCAUCGGUGUGUCCGGAGGCACCGCCAGUGGGAAGUCUUCAGUAUGUGAGAAGAUCAUGGAGCUGCUGGGCCAGAACAAGAUUGACCGGCAUCAGCGUCAGGUGGUGAUUCUCAGUCAGGACAGCUUUUACAGGGAGCUCACGCCUGAACAGAAGGCCAAAGCAGUCAAGGGCCAGUUCAACUUUGAUCAUCCAGAUGCUUUCGACGGUGAGCUGAUCAUGCAGACUCUGCGUGACAUCAUUCAGGGGAAAACCGUGCACAUCCCAGUGUAUGACUUUGUUACCCAUUCCAGGAAGGAUGAGUUUGUGACGUUGUAUCCAGCAGAUGUGGUUCUGUUUGAGGGGAUUCUCAUGUUCUACUCGCAGGAGAUUCGGGAUCUGUUUAAGAUGAAGCUGUUUGUGGACACAGACCCGGACACGCGCCUCUCACGGAGAGUGUUACGGGACAUCAGUGAGAGAGGGCGAGAGUUGGAGCAGGUUCUGAACCAGUACAUCACCUUUGUGAAGCCAGCCUUCGAGGAGUUCUGCCUUCCUACUAAAAAGUAUGCAGAUGUCAUCAUCCCACGAGGCGCAGACAAUCUUGUGGCUAUUAAUCUGAUCGUGCAGCAUAUUCAGGACAUCCUGAACGGAGGUUUCACCAAACGGCAGAACGGUUUCCAGAACGGCCACGGGACGCCCAGACAAAGACGGACAUCCGAGUCCAGCAGACCUCACUGAUACCACUGCAGCCUUCCCUCCAUUGAGGAGAGGGCAGAACUCAAUAAUACCAGCAGAGCAUCCCGUUUAUCCUGUGAGAAUGAGGGGAUGCUGGAGCUGACUUGCCUUUGUUAUUGUUAGCAUUAUUUUGCAUUUGAAAUGUUGUUGUGGAUGAUUGUUUGCUUUUACAGUUUUUUCCCGAGGGUUUUGAUGGUGCUGUAUGUUUAUUGGAAGGUUUUGAUUGAUUGAUUCGACCUGCGCUGUCAGCUUUCUCAUCUACUCCGAAAAUAAAUGAAUUGUGGAAAGUCUGACUGGAUGCAGAGUAAAGGUGAUCACAGUGCUGUCAGCACACUUACUUGAAGUCAGAGCUCAGGUCGGGUGGAUUAUUUCAUCCACAAAGUAGAUAUAAACCCUAGUUACCUCAUAUUUGAGGCCUGUUUUGAGUGUGUGUGUGAGUGUAAGAGAGAGUGAAUCAUGUAAUUUCAAGAUGACAAUAUGGUACACCACAUUUUUAUAUUGUCACGUAUUUUACUUUUUUUUUGGGAGUAGAUUUCUAGUGAAAUCUCAUUUAUUUGUUAUUACAAUUGUAGUGUUUUGUACGUAUGACGUGACAUCAUUUUGUGUACUAUAUUUACAGGGUUUUUUGACCACACUAUCACAAUAGUGACGUAUAGUUUUAGCCAGAUAGUAUAAACCACAAUUAUUCUGAAAUCAGGGAUUAUGGUCAAAUAUGUUGCUUAUUUUAAAACACAAAAUACCUCAACAGCAUUUAUCAUUAACUUCAAGUCAAGUACUUGAAAUGAACUCCGUUCAGUAACCCAGGGCACUACUCUAAAAAGCCUGUUUACUUUUGCCCCCUGACGACUCUGGCGGGUAUUUUUAUGUAAAAUUCUCCCUCGGAUGGUUUUCUUAACGUAUGAUCCAUUGCGUAGUGGUGAAAUAAAAUAAAUUCAUAAAAACUAUAAA